CGCUUACUAGCUACAUUUAUAGCUUUAGGUUGGUUGUUUUUAAGCUCAACUUCAAUAUUUCCAACAAGGACGUUGCUUCUCCGAUCAUCACUCUACCUCGCUUGGGCAAGGGACGUUUAAGGUACACUCGGAUGUGACGAUGUAAAACGUCAUUCAAGGGCUGAGAUUUUAGGCGGAGGGCUGUCAACUUAGAUUUUGAAACGCAGCCAUGAUUACGCGCGGUUGAGGACGUAGGCUAACACUCGUUUGUACAACGCUACAACAAAAUCGUUUAUUUAAAAAUAUUUAGUAUUUUCAAAAAUUGGUACUCUAGUUUUAUCUACAUUGAGAGUCCUGGAGGGACAGAAAAGUAACGUGGACCGUUCCUGGAAGAAACCCGUUAUAGAGAUUGAGCGCGCUCUUGUACCGAAACUGGAACAUUAUGGGAGCUGUCUUGGGGGCCUUUUCUGUCGCAAGCUGGGUGCCGUGUCUGUGUAGCAGUGCAACAUGCUUGCUGUGCAGAUGCUGUCCCCAGAGCAAGAACUCCACGGUGACGCGAGUCAUCUACGCCUUCAUCCUGUUUCUAGGGACCAUUAUAGCCUGCAUCAUGUUGUCACCGGGAGUGGACGAGCAGCUAAAAAAGAUUCCUGGGUUCUGUGAAGGCGGAGCAGGCUCUUCUAUCCCAGGAAUCCAUGCCAACAUGAACUGUGGGAUCUUUGUGGGCUACAAAGCCGUGUACCGGGUGUGCUUCGGAAUGAGCAUGUGUUUCCUGGCGUUCGCUCUGAUUAUGAUCAAUGUCAAGAACAGCCGAGACCCGCGCUCCGCCAUCCACAACGGGUUUUGGUUCUUUAAGAUUGCCACCAUGGUUGCAGUGACAGUCGGUGCCUUUUAUAUCCCUGAGGGGCCUUUCACUCACUUGUGGUUCGUGGUGGGGAUCUCUGGGGCGUUCUUCUUCAUCCUGAUCCAGCUGAUUCUGAUGGUGGACUUUGCCCACUCCUGGAAUGAGUCCUGGGUGGACAACAUGGAAAGCGGGAACUCCAGGGGCUGGUACGCAGCCUUGUUCGCUGUAACUGGACUCAACUACGUCAUGGCCUUCAUCGCCGUCGUCAUGAUGUACGUCUUCUACACGCAGUCAGAGGGCUGUCUGCUCAACAAGUUCUUCAUCAGCUUCAACGUGAUUCUCUGUGCCGUAGCCUCUGUCGUGUCCAUCCUGCCCAGAGUACAGAAUUUCCAUCCCCGAUCCGGUCUACUCCAGUCCUCCAUCAUGACCAUGUAUACCAUGUAUCUGACCUGGUCGGCCAUGAACAACGAGCCUGACCGGACAUGCAACCCCAGCCUGCUGAGCAUCUUCCAGCAGACACUGGUGCCCACACUGGCCCCAUUGGAGAUCGAGAACCAGACGGUCGUGGUGAUCAUCGGCACCGAGGAGCCCAUCCUGUCCUCCCCCUAUCUGCAAUGGUGGGACGCCCAGAGCAUCGUGGGAUUGGCCAUCUUCGUCCUCUGCAUCCUCUACUCCAGCAUCCGCUCGUCCAACACCAGCCAGGUGAACAAGUUAACCAUGGCCUCUAACGACAAGGUGAUCCUGGAGGAGAGUAAAGCAGGCACCCCGGACGAGGAGGAGGGAGGGACCGGGAGAAAGGGUCCCAGGCGUGUGGAGGACAACGAGAGGGACACGGUCCAGUACAACUAUUCCUUCUUCCACUUCAUGCUCUUCCUGGCUUCGCUCUACAUCAUGAUGACUCUCACCAACUGGUACAGUCCUGAUGCAGACUACAAUGCCAUGACCAGCAAGUGGCCGGCGGUUUGGGUGAAGAUCAUCUCCAGUUGGGUGUGCCUUACCAUCUACACCUGGACGCUGGUCGCCCCCAUGAUACUCACCAACCGGGACUUUAGCUGAAAACGCUUCCGCCAACACAGUAUUUUCCUUUCACUUUCCUUAUCAUCAUUCCUGAUUUUCUUUUUUUGUUGUUUGUUUUUUGUUUUACAUAAACAUUGACCGCAUGCCUACAUUUCUCAUGAUUUCCUGUCAAAAUGAACUGUGUUGUUUUGUGUAUUAGAUGUUGAUAGUUACAAAUCGGACCAUUCCUGACCCUCUCCAAGGACCGUAAGGAGAAUGAAAACAUAUUGUUCAACCAAUGUUAUAUUUAUCCCACAUAUAUGUAGCACUUAUAAUUACAUUUACAUUUACGUCAUUUAGCAGACGCUCUUAUCCAGAGCGACAUACAGCAGCAAUUAGGGUUAA